AUGGAUCCUGCUGUCUCACCGGCCUCUUCGGACAGCAGCUCUUCACCUCCUUCUUCCUGUAGAGGCCACAAGAUCCGUCCCAAGUCGACCAAUAUUUGCAAAAGACCCUCGACGCGUCGAGAGCUCAAACGCUCCAUCGAGAAGAAGUUCCGGCUGCGCUACACAACAUUACAGCAGGCUUACGAGCAGCGACUAGAAGUGCUGGCUGCGCGCGUCCAGGAGGUCGAGAAUGCGUUGACUCACGAAUAUGCGAGCGCUCGGCUAGGCGAGAUCGUCCAGGAGUGUUUCUACGGGGAGAGGGAGCGCUACGUCAAGGCUAUGAGCGACCAAAUCGCAUGGCAAGCCAGUGAUUUACGAGAAAAUCAGCAGAAACUGAAAAUUGUGCAGAGGAGAGAAGGCGAAGCCCAGAGACAGUGGAAACUCGCGCAACGAGACGUCCAGGCGCUGCAUCAUCAGUUGGAUGUGCGAGAAGGAGGUGGAAGUUUUGAAGCAGAGCGUGCAGACGAUGGAGACGUUGCAACAGGAGUAUGA